AUGCCUCUCAACUACUCCAAGUGGGACAACCUCGAGCUCUCCGAUGACUCGGACAUCGAGGAGCACCCAAACGUCGACAAGCGGUCGAUGAUCCGCUGGCGCCAGCGCGACAUUCACGAGAAGCGUGAACAGCGCCGCCUCCUCAUCGCCAAGCUCAACUCGGAGCUGGAGCUCAACGGCGUGCUGCGUCCGCGCAUCGUGUCGAUCCUCGACGGUGUUAAGGGCAAGGGUGUGACGCACUACCGGGCCGUCCAGCGGCGGAUCAAGGAGCAGCCUUCGCCUGAGAAGCCGGCGACUGGCGCGCCCAACCAGCCGACGUACGACAUGAUGAUGGGUCAGCUGCUUUCCGACGUGUGGCGCGAGGCGGCGUGGCUCGUCGACGGCGAGGCCAAGGUCGAGAACGGCAACGUAAUGAAGGGCGGGAAGAAGGUCGACGAGAAGAGUGGGGAGCCGGCGUGGGCGAGCGAGGCGACCGUGCCCGACUCCAAGGCGGAGCUUAUGGCGCAGGCGCUAGCCGAGCGGCUGGACUGGCAUGUCAAGGCGCUCGACAAGCGCGAUGCCGACGUGCGCCAGGAGAUCAAGAAGGAAGAGGAGGAGGGCAAGCGGAAGAUCACGAGCGACGAUAUUCGGGAUGGCUGGAGCAGCUCGACUGUGAACAAGCCAGCGCCGAGCCCGCUCGACAAGCCCAAGCCCAAGCCUAGCUCGCCAAAGAAGGAGACGGUGCAGGAGAUCGAGGUGCUGAACCCGGGAGCAUCAGCCACAGCCCAGGCCUCAGUACCAGCGGAGGAGGAGGAUGAGUCCGAGUACGGGACGAUGACGCCUGCGCUGCGCAAGUUCGUCGACAUCCCCUUGGGCGCGUUCGAGCAGACAUACGCCUUCAUUCAGAAUGACUCGUCGGUGCUUACGGAGAAGGCGCACAACGCAGUUCUGCUCGAGGCGUUCGAGGCGGAGCGCAAGGGAAACAAGGACCUGGCGCGGCGCUGCGUCCACCAGAGCUUGAUCAUCAACUACUGCCGGGAGCUGGGACGCGACGGCGUGGGCCUCUUCUUCCAGCGCAUGAUUUCGCGCAAUCCAAAGUCGCUCAAGAUGUUCGCUGACGACUUUGCGCGCACGUACGGCCACAUUGAGCGGCGGAGCGUUGAGCUCGCGAAGGAGGCUGAGGCGGACGACGGCGACCGGGAGCAGAUCCAGCUCGUCGCCGAGGACCCCAACAUGAAGAUUGGCUUCAACUUGCCGGAUGGGCCGCCGCCGGCCGAGCUGCGUGUUGAGGGCGAGGGCGCCGAGGAACUGGACAUGGAGCAGGUGCGCGCGUUCCUCCAGCGCAAGUGGGAGCUGUUUGAGGCGUUCCCGCCGGCGCUCAAGAAGGCGCUGCAGACGGAAAAGCUGGACGAGGUCAACAAGGUCUUGGGCAGCAUGAGUGUGGCCGAGGCCGAGGAUGUCGUCGAGAAGCUGCAGGAGGGCGGCAUGCUGAGCUUCAGCGAGAAGGGUGUGCGUGACAUGACGCAGUGAGGUUGGUGUGUAUUCUUAGUGCAUAGUCGGGCGACAUGAGCAUGGAUGUGAAGUUUAGUGGACUUGGCACGGUUCGAUGUGGUUGGCAUGCCUUCUCUUGGAUCUGGAGAUCUGGAGGCGACAUCAAGGGAGAGGUUAGAGGAGCUCGAAGCCGAGGCUCGAGAGAUGCGGCGUCCCCGACGUAAAGCAAGUCUGUGCGGCUCAGAAUUUUGCGCCGUCGCUUUCGUGCGCCUCCAGGUGGAUGG